CCGUUUCCGUGCGAAGCUCGUCGCAGAGACCACAAAAAAUUCAGCUGUCGCCUGACGGAGGGUUUGGUCGGGUGUGCGUGCGAGAGCGAAAGCGAGAGAGAGAGAGAGAGGAUGGAAGAAGAAGAGCACGAGGUGUAUGGCGGAGAGAUCCCCGUGGAGGGCGAGCUGGAAGGCGACAUGGACACCCACCACGCCGACGUCGACAUGUCCACCGCCGAUGACGACGCCGUCAAGGAGCUGGAUGAGAUGAAGAAGAGGCUGAAGGAAAUGGAAGAGGAGGCUGCUGCUCUCCGCGAGAUGCAAGCCAAGGUCGAGAAGGAAAUGGGUGCUGUCCAAGAUCCUGCUAGUGCAGCUGCUUCUCAGGCAAACAAGGAGGAAGUCGAUACCAGAUCUGUGUUUGUUGGAAAUGUUGAUUAUGCUUGUACCCCUGAAGAAGUACAGCAACAUUUUCAAUCAUGUGGUACAGUCAACCGAGUGACAAUUCUUACUGAUAAAUUCGGCCAUCCAAAGGGCUUUGCUUAUGUUGAGUUCCUUGAAGUUGAAGCUAUUCAGGAGGCUCUCCUUCUGAACGAAUCUGAAUUGCAUGGACGUCAGCUGAAGGUUUUGCCAAAACGGACCAACGUUCCUGGGAUGAAGCAGUACUUCCCAAGGCGCUUUAACCCAUACGCGAGUUACAGGUUCCGGAGGCCGUAUGUACCUCCUUAUUUCUACUCUCCUUAUGGAUACGGGAAGGUUCCCAGGUUCAGAAGGCCGGCGCGCUACAUGCCUUAUUACUAGAAGUCCUGCAUCAUCUGUUGGCACUUCUGCGAUUCAUCGAAAAGUGGGUACUUCCACAUGUUAAGUUUCGUAGGGGAAAUGCUUCUAGUGGUAUCGCAUGUUUAUUAGACUCUGCUCGUAUUAUUAUCAACCGAAUGAUUUAAGAGAUUAUAUAUCUGGAUUAGUGGCUGUGACUUCUAGACAUUUAUCUGUGGUCAUAGCUGAAGAUUUGGAGCAGCCUCGAGAGGCAUGCCUUUUUCCCCUCUCUCUUGAUACUUUUAUGUGGCAUGUCUGCAAAACAUAGGACACGGUUGGUCUCAGCUUUACCCUGAUUUCUGCUUGAUUUGAGAAGGAUUUUGUUGACUAGUGCUCCAAGCACUUGUUGAAAAUCCAAAUAAAAAAGUACAGUACUUUUAAA